AUGGGCCUGGAUUCUCUCUGCCUGCGCUCUCUGCAACUCGUCGGAUCUGCUCCGACCGUUUCAGCUAGUGUUCUCGGGGAUUUAGACGUCAAAUCACACUCUGCUAUCGUCCUCUCGUUCGUUAAUUGUUGCAUCCUGCCUCGUGCCGUCGGUGGGCCUUUCCCCAACCGACGAAGAGCCACCACCGUGGCUCUCAAUGCUCCCGGUUCGAGAAAUGGCCGCAGCAACUCACACCCAGUGCGACCAAACACUCCUCCUUCGGGAACACGGAUGAAUCCACGCAGGCCUUCCUCGCCGGGCCUUUCGAGCAGCCCUCCGCGGCGCCAAAGUGCCCUCCGGACAACCUGGCGUCAUAGCGCCGGAUCGGCAGAUGCAUUCAGUUCGUUUCUGGACAUGGACGAUGAGACCGACGACUCCCGAAGCAGACCAGCGAGCUCCGAGCAAAUACAGGAAAAACAUUCCUACGACACAGUGCCCAGUGACCCGGGAGUGACAUUCGACGAAUUGAUUGACCGGCUUAUCGCGUUACCGAUUUCCAAGCAGGACGCCAAGUUCGUUGCCAUAUUCUUAUGUCUAUAUCGCAAAUUUGCCUCUCCGUCGAUGCUGCUCAAUGCUCUGAUUACCCGUUUCGAGAAAACCGAACAAAGUGACUUGCCUCAAUUGACUCGGGCGUCUGAGCAGUUGAGGCUGCUUCAAGUCAUUGCGCAGUGGGCUUCAGAAUACCCGGGGGAUUUUGCAUAUCCCAUGACUCGCCAGAGGAUACUUGAGUUUGUCGAUUCGAUUGAGGACAGUCAUGUGUAUAUGUUUGCAGCCAAAGAGAUCAGCCUCCAUCUCGAGACUCGAAUGGAAGACGACGAGGUCGGUUGGCCUUUUCGGGACGGAGAAGAAGACGACGAUUAUGAGAGGACUGGGUCUUUGGGUGGUGAAUCAUCCACGCGCAUGUCACCGUCCACUUUCAUCCAUUCUUCAUUUUCAGAGAAAAUACUUAAUAAUAUAAGCUCCUUGGAUUUGUCCGAAGAGCCAACGACUGAGUCCUCGAGGGACUCGGGAACCCUAUCCACAAUAUCUAGUACUGGGCGGUCAAUAUCAACCAUAACACAAGCAUCUUCAGCUAUGAUGUCCCUAGAAAACGUGCAGCGAGAGGCAAUGAGUCUGGAACUUACUCCUCGGUAUCUGCUGACCAAGAUUCAGUGGCGGCAAUUUAUGGAGAUUCCAGACGACGAUUUCGCCCGCGAACUCACUCGUAUUGACUGGAUCAUGUUUACUUCCUUCACGCCGCGGGAUCUUGUCCGCCAUGUUAGUCUGUCUGGCCCCGAGAAGGAGCACACAAAAAGUCUGCAACAUGUGAAUCGCAUGAUUCGGGAGUUCAACCAUCUAGCGUUUCUGGUGGCAAGCAUGAUAUUACUGCGGGAUAAAGCUAAACACCGCGCAAAGGCUAUGGAAAAGUUCAUGAACAUUGCAUUGAAGCUUCGACGUCUGAAUAACUACAAUUCCCUGGGUGCAGUCAUGGCAGGCAUCAACGGCACGCCUGUCCAGCGACUAGCACAAACACGAGACUUGAUUCCUCUUCCCCUUCAAAAAGAUUUCCUACGGCUCGUCAUAUUGAUGGGUACGCAACGGAGUCAUUUUGCAUACCGUCUGGCAUGGGACAACUCGUUUGGAGAACGUAUCCCGUUUCUACCACUUCAUAGACGCGAUCUCGUAUCAGCAGAAGAGGGCAACAAGACAUUUGUGGGCGAUAAUAAGGAGCGAAUAAACUGGAAGAAGUUUGAAAUCAUGGGAGAAGUUGUUCUCGCCAUUCAACGCAGUCAGCGCACGCCGUACCCACACAUUCAUAAGAAUGAAGUCGUGCAACGGUUGGUACUAGAUGCAAAAAUGGCUGAUGAAGAGGACCUGUACUCACGAAGCCUGCAAGUGGAACCCUCUGGAGGCGCAGUCGAUAGAAACAAGACGUGGGGACAGCGCUGGCUGCGCACUUGA